AAAACAAGUAUCGACGCCACCACCAAGGAAGCUUUUAAAAUAAGAUACAGUAUUUGAAAUUAUACAAAACACAAUACUGUAUUAUAUUUCUCCUCCGAACGCUCCAGCGUCGUUCUGAAACAUUGGGCACAUUUUUGGCUCAUGGCAGCUACGUUGGAUUUCAGGACCCAUGUGGACCAGUCAUGCAGAUAUUCGGAAGAAUUCGUCAACAUUUACUAUGACUGUGUGGAUAAAAAGAGAAGGAACCUCACCAGACUCUACUUGGAUAAGGCAACCUUGGUGUGGAAUGGAAACACUGUAUCCGGACUAGAUGCCCUGGGCGAGUUUUUUGAGGCACUGCCUUCUAGCGAGUUCCAAGUUCAUACUCUGGAUUGUCAACCAGUUCAUGAUCAAGCAACGCAGGGUCAGAUGACUCUACUGGUGGUGACCGGCGGAACGGUCAAGUUUGAGGGGAACAAGCAGCGUUUCUUCAACCAAAAUUUUCUUUUAACAGCUCAGGCGUCACCCAACAACGACCAGCCCGUGUGGAAGAUCGCUAGUGACUGUUUCCGUUUCCAAGACUGGAAUAGCUGAGUGCCCUCAGCUAGACUGUCUGCUUUGUUUGUUUCUAUAGUUACGUAAUGAUAGAGAAAAAAUUUGAAUUGAAAAUUUACUAUGAAAAGGUAUUUAUUUUCAGGAAAAGCUUGAACAACAAGGCCUGUGAUCAGAAUGGUGUGGUUUGUGUACAGUAUACAAAUAAGGUCAUAAAAAUACAGAAAACAUUGACAUGG